CAAACCCCGCCCCCCGACCAGGCCCCGCCCCCGCUGCGCUUUCCGGCCUUUUCGCGACUCCCCCGCUCCCUUUACGGCCGCGCUGAAGUUUUACGACCGUCGGGGGGCCAUGGCCGGGGCAGAGCGGGACCGGCCAGGGGCGGCCGAGGAGGAGGAAGAGCAGGAGGAGGAGGAGGAAGAAGAGGAGGAAGAAAAAGAGGAGGAGGAGGAAGAAGAAGAGGAGGAGGAAGAGCAGGAAGAAGCAAAGGAGGAGAGUCCCCAGGGCUCCCCCCCCGCGGCCCAGGCGCCCCCCGGGCCGCCCCCCAAGCCGGUGGUCCCGGGGGUCCUUUACUUGUCCUUCCUCCCGCCGGGGUUCGGGCCCCGCCAGGCGCGGGCGCUGCUGCGGCCGCACGGGGAGCUGGGGAGGGUCUUCCUGCAGCCAAAGGGGGGGUCUGUUCGGCGGCGGCGGCAGCGGCCGGGCGGACCCCAGGGGGGGUCCUUUGCCGAGGGUUGGGUGGAGUUUCGGGACAAACGAGCGGCCAAACGAGCGGCCAAACUCCUGCACGGGACCCCCAUGAGCGCCCGGCCCCGCAGCCCCUUCCGAGAGCAGCGCUGGAGCCUCAAG